CCUGUUCAAACAUUUUUCUCCAGGUCGCAGUCAUUAGCCAAACAUAUUUCCUCUACAUUUCUGUUCUUUUUCUCAUUUACAGGUUUUGUCCAUGCUCAUCUAUACGCAACGGACCACAGAAAACGCUAACAAUAGGUCUUCAAUCUUCUCACCUGUGAGUUGAUUUUCCAUUGAAUUUCUCUAUAAAUUUAUUUUUGUCUCUAUAUUUAUUGUCCUUUAAUUUUAGAUCAAUUAUAAGAAAGAACAAAACUUUAUGUAAUUUUUCUUCUGAUUGAAUCCGUAUAAUUUUCCCCUUUUGUUACUCAGUCAUAUAGUGGUUUAAUUUUGUUAAGAUUGAAUCUUGAAUAUGGGUUGUACUGUGAGGGAAAAACAUAUUAGAACAAGCAGGAGAUCAAGAUCAAUGAAACCCACCAAUAGUGAUGUUGAUCAUAAUCAUUUAAGUGUUAUAAAUGAGAGAACUUCUGCACUCGCAAAAUCUAUGCUAGAAUCUGGGUUUAAACCUUGGAGUUAUAAUAUGAGUAUUAAUGAUUCUGUGCAAAAUGGUGGUUCAAAACCUAAUAGCCCAAAUUGUAGUAAUGCUCAUAACCCUGGUUUUGAUGAUUGUGGAUGGGGGUACUGUACUGAGGAGCAAUUAGAGGAGCUUUUGUUGAAGCAAUUGGAGUUUUUGUAUAAUGAGGCGGUUUCCAAGCUUGUUGCAUUAGGGUAUGAUGAUGAGGUUGCUCUGAAAGCUGUGUUGAGGAAUGGACAUUGUUACGGGGGUAUGGAUGUUUUGACUAAUAUAUUGCAUAAUUCAUUGGCUUAUUUGAACAGUGAGUGUUGUGGAAAUGAUGGGUGUUCUGAGGAAUCUGAGCUUGUUUUCCCGGAUUUGAGGCAGCUCGAGGAGUAUUGUCUUGCGGGUAUGGUUUGUUUGUUGCAGCAAGUUCGUCCACAUUUGAGUCGAGGGGAUGCAAUGUGGUGCCUUCUUAUGAGUGAUCUUCAUGUGGGUCGGGCGAGUACUAUUGAAAUUCCUAUGCUUCCUUUGCCUGGUAACGUAUGUGGUAAUCCUACGAGCAAUAUGGAAAGUGUUGGUACCAACUCUUCCAGUUCAGGAAUUAAUGUUCCUCCUGGGCUGUGUAAGUUUCAUGGGGGUUGGGGUUUCGGACAUGAGCCUGAUUCGGAGUUACCUAUCAAUGCUUUUGGGGGGCUUUUUUCGCGUUUAGAGGCUAGUAUCCAGAGAGAGAUUGAUUGUGCUGAGAGGUUUAAUCUCAGUCCUUCAAUGAAGUCUUUGUUAAAGAGGGAUGUAGCAGCCGUUGGUGCUAGGUUUCGCUCUAAACAGCAGCUGCAAACACAAUCUUCAGGCACUAGCUCUGCAAUUAACGGAGAUUCAUCGAAAGGAACUGCACCGACCGUUGAUGUGCCAAGUGAGCCAUCUGUGGAAUCUAAUGACAAUAACCAAGACAUUGUGAACUCAUUGUUGAAUAAAUUUCGAGAUUUGAAUCUGGAUGAGAAUUUAGAAUCUGUUUCAGAGGAUCAAAAAGAUGACAUAAUAUUGACUUUGUUACAUCAAGUAAAGGAUCUAGAGAAGCAGCUUAUUGAGCGGAAGGAAUGGGCUCACCAGAAGGCAAUGCAAGCUGCUAGAAAACUUAGCAGUGAUUUAACAGAACUUAAGCUGUUACGGACUGAGAGGGAUGAGACUCAGAGGUUAAAAAAGGGUAAGCAAACUCUGGAAGAUACAACUAUGAAAAGGCUAUCUGAAAUGGAGAAUGCUUUAAGAAAGGCUAGCAGUCAGGUUGACCGUGCAAAUGCAGCUGUUAGACAACUUGAGAUCGAGAAUGCUGAAAUAAGGGCAGAGAUGGAGGCUUCAAAGCUGAGUGCAUCUGAGUCAGUCACAACCUGCUUGGAGGUUGCAAGGAGGGAGAAGAAGUAUUUAAAGAAACUCUUGGCAUGGGAGAAGCAGAAAACAAAGUUACAAGAUGAAAUUGCUGCUGAAAGGCAGAAGAUUGCUGACUUGCAACAGCUGUUACUGCAGAUUCUUGAUGCUCAGAAACAAGCAGAGGCGAAGUGUAAGAGAGAAAUGAAGGAUAAGGAACUUGCAAUGACUCAAGUGGAGGAAGAAAGGCAUUCCAAGGAAGCGACUGAGAGCAACAACAAGAGAAAGCUUGAAGCCUUGCGCUUGAGGAUAGAAAUAGACUUCCAGCGUUACAAGGAUGACGUCCAAAGGCUAGAGCAGGAACUCUCUCGUCUUAAAGCAAGUGCAGAGCUUGUUGAGCCUCUAGAUUCAUCCGAUGCUAUCGUGACUGGAACUCCUGAAGCAACAAUAAAAAAUCAAGGGGAAACGAUUGCGAGGCUGCUCAGGGAAUUGGAUGAACCCGAGAAAGAAUGGACAGAGAGGGAAUGCCUGAUAUGUUUGAAAGAGGAAGUCUCCGUUGUGUUCCUACCUUGUGCGCAUCAAGUAAUGUGUGCUAACUGUGGUGAGGAUUACGGGAAGAAGGGAAAAGCGACUUGUCCUUGCUGUCGGUGCCCCAUUGAACAGAGAAUCCGUGUUUUUGGUGCCACCUCAUAGACACUCAUGGCGAAAAACAUUUUUUACAGCCCAAGCUAAAAACUUCAUCUGGUGAGUAAAUAAAAAGGGGGGGGGGGGGGGGGGGGGGGGGGCAAAAACUGUGUUAUAACUUAUAUUUAGACUUACAUAGAGUAUAUAUUUACAGAACCCUGUGAUUUCCAUACACUGACUUCCUUUGCCAGUUGGAACUGUACUAGCUCUUACAUACUUCUAGAAGUAUUGUUUUUGUUUUUGUUUUUGUUUUUGUUUUUGUUCUCCUUGGAUUGUUAUUGGUUACGGAUUGAAUGCUGUUAGUCGAUUUACUGUGAACUGUUCACUGGGAUAAUAGUUGUGAGAACUAUCCGAGAAGCAGAUGUUGGUGGGUGAUCAUGUAUGAGUUGAGACGCGUUCUUGAAACCAUUUUCGAUCUUAAA